UUUAGCCUCUGCAGAAUGUCCCAUGUUGACCUCACGCGCACUUUCACCUUCCGCAACUCCAAGCAGACGUACACGGGAAUUCCCAUUAUAGUGGCAAACAUGGACACUGUGGGAACGUUUGAAAUGGCUGUGGUUAUGGCUAAACAUGCAAUGUUCACUGCAAUUCACAAGCAUUAUUCUCUGGAAGAAUGGAAACUGUUUGCUGCCGAUCACCCAGAAUGCCUUGAGCAUGUAGCAGCAAGCUCAGGUAGUGGAAAAGCUGAUUUGGAUAAAUUAACAAGCAUUCUAGAGGCCAUCCCACAUAUCAGAUACAUCUGCUUGGAUGUGGCAAACGGCUAUUCAGAACAUUUUGUGACAUUUGUGAAGUCUGUCCGUGCCCUGUUCCCAAAUCACACCAUUAUGGCAGGCAACGUGGUGACAGGAGAGAUGGUAGAAGAACUUCUUCUUUCUGGAGCAGACAUUAUUAAAGUGGGUAUCGGACCAGGUUCUGUGUGUACCACUCGGAUUAAGACAGGGGUGGGCUAUCCACAGCUAAGUGCUGUUAUUGAGUGUGCAGACUCAGCACAUGGCUUGAAAGGACAUAUCAUCUCUGAUGGAGGAUGCAGCUGCCCAGGAGAUGUCGCCAAAGCGUUUGGAGCCGGUGCUGAUUUUGUCAUGCUUGGAGGGAUGUUUGCAGGCCACGACCAGUGUGCUGGAGAGAUUAUAGAAAAGAAUGGCAAGAAGGUGAAACUCUUCUAUGGGAUGAGCUCUGAUACAGCCAUGAAGAAGCAUGCAGGAGGUGUUGCUGAAUACAGGGCUUCAGAGGGCAGAACUGUGGAGGUACCGUACAAAGGAGAUGUGGAGCUCACCAUCCUGGACAUCCUUGGAGGGCUACGCUCCACCUGCACCUACGUGGGAGCUGCCAAACUCAAGGAACUGAGCAGGAGAACAACAUUCAUCCGGGUCACCCAGCAGCACAGCCAGGUCUUCUCAUAGCCCAGGAUGGGGGGACUGGAGAGAGAUGGGAGGAGAGGAGCAGGAAAGGUUGCUGGUCUGUUUUGAUUCCUCCUCCACAUUGCGUUAGUGGCAAACUCCUCUCUCUAUGAAUGGUAGUCUCAUAGCCAUGAUGGCUUGGAUUUGGAAGGGGAAGGCUGUACUGUUAACACAGUGCCAUUGGUUCAAAAUGCAAUAGCCUCAUCUUUUGCUGUGCCUGAUUUAUUUUUUAAUCAACAUUUCUUCAUCUGUUCUUUCUCCUCUGAUAAAUAGUCGCCGAAACCUCAGUUAGCAAGGAAUUGGCUUGUACAGACAUGGCUGUUGCACCUGCACACGUACACACAUUCCCUCUAUUAAGACUGACCUGUCAGCUACCGUAGCUUCUGAGAAUGCACCCUCCAGAGAAAAAGCUACAAGGAAUUGAGUGGAGAGAUCAAAAAUCAAAUUGUCUUCACCUUUCCUCUGGCAAAAUGUUGGAUGCUUGUGGCAGGGCUGCCAGCCUGCAGGAUGUCAGAAGUGGGUGAGGCUUGGCUACUUUUGGCUUCUUGCUGUGAUGAUAAAAAUGCCAGAUCUCUUUCACUCUCUGUUCACAGGGCUGUUACUGCCAUUUUUACUGAAACCUCUCCAUGGACCAGCCUCUGCAGAGAAGCUGGCACUUAGCGUAGCAACCCCAUGCUGUCUUCCCUGCCCCUGUCUGUGGAGAUAAUUCAGGAGAGAACAUCUCAGAGCUUGCCUGCUUUACGUGCAUGCAGUAAUAGUGUUGCGUGGGUUGCUGCUUUCCCCUGUGCUCUGUGGUCAGAUUUUUAAGACAUAGAAACUCAGCAACAGUAAACUCACCGAGGGGAGGUUUCUCCACAGCCCUCCCUGCUCCCAUUUAAGUUUUCUCCCUGUCCAUUUAGCAGAGAUGUAAAAAUAUUGUGCUGUGCAUUGCCUGUGGCCAGGUGAAUGAAGUCCAAUGGAGGAAUCAAAUUCACUUCUUAGCUACUUGGUACCACUCCUUUGCAAUCCUUGACAGUGUGAAAAGCAAAAAGGAGCUUUCAGCAGAGGAGACUGAUUGCAGGACACCGGUAGGCCUAGACUGAGUUAAAGCAUUUGUUCUAAAGGCAGUAAUGAAUGUUUAAGACUCUGGAUAACACUUUAUGGCCCACUAAUUAAUUGAUAAAUCACAGUGAAAUUUCUUUGGAAAUACACAUUGCAUCCACAUGAAUACCACAGUAGUUCGUUAUGAUAAAUGAUGUACAAGUGAACAGCAAUGAAUUAAUAAUGCUUGGCCACUUACUUUGAAGUGCUGCUGAGAUCAUAAUACAGCUGUUGUUACCUCAGUACUUCAGAGCCUUACUUUUCCCUCCUGCAGGUAUCUGUGGAAAGAGGCAGGCUCCCUUUGAAAAGCAAAUGAGUGAUCUGUAGGAAGAGGAAUAGCAAAGACAAUCUCUAGAAUUUAGCUCAUUUGAGGGACUUCUCAAAAAGCCGUGCACAAGUAUUGGUACCACUGGUCAUUGUGAGAGCAUAUCUAGGCCACAAACUGAUGCCCAGUGAGUUUUAAGUCUGUUGUGCACAUUAGGAAAGGCUCAGUAGAUCUUCUAAAUGGCCUAUGUUAAAUGUCUUCCAUUAAACAUGUAGGACUUAACUUUUAAUUGUGAUAUGACCCUUUCAUUUAUUUUGGAGAUGAAUAAGGGCCUUCAUGUGAGCACAGGUUACACCCAUGCUGAGUUUGAGAACUGUCUUUCCUGCUGGAUCUCGUACAGGAAUCUGAAUGUAGAAGAGAUGCAGACCCUGUGGUAAAGGGUUUGAUCUCUGCUCCCUCAAGCCUGAUGGCGUCAUGUUUAGAAGAUGCCCAAUUUCUUUAUUACAAAUCCUGCUCUUACCCUCACUAGGCCUGGAGUACAGGCAGCGUUACUCUCUGUGCAUCAGUACAACUGCAGGAGGUCACCAUUCCUUUAUGUACGUGAUGUGAAGUGUAGGGUAUAAAGGCAAAUGCAUACCCCUGUGAGGAGCAGGAUUAGACCACGUCAGGCUGUCACGUUGCAGGCCUGCCCACAGAUGUGUCUCUGCACUCGUGCCUUCAUACGUGGGACAUGCAGCAGUGUGCUGGUCUCAUGCCUACAUUCACUAUUGCUUUUCUACUUUUUUUAGCUACAUUUCUAAAUGAAAGUUAAGAAAUACAUAGACAUAUAGGAUAUAUAUUUAUAAGCAUUUUUCUAAAAAGAUCAGAACACUGAACAGAGCAGCUUUGUGACAUCUCUGUCAAACAGUUUCUUUUUCCAAAGGACCAGUGCCGGGGUAAUGGGAGGCUGCUCCCUGGGCAAGCUGUGUGCUUACUACAGCCACACGCACUUUCUCUGACCAGUGCCAAUAGGAAAAGGUGAGAGUAGAUUGGUAUUAAGAGGUGUUCCCACUUCUCCAGUGACACUGACAGUGAUGACUGGUAAAGCAUGGAUUUAAGGUAUUUGGCUUUCUGAAUAGCAGCUGUUGCCAUCGUUUUGAGAAGCAGCUCCUGUUCUUUUCGUUUUCUCCUUCUGUCUCCAGAGAGAGCAGGAGGGAGGAUCAGCUGCAGAAAAGCUGAACCUACGGCAUGGCUGUAUCUCCCCCAGAAGUAUAUAUUAGUUUUGUUCAGAGGCUGCGCUCCCCCAAAUCAGCCCUCCCUGCAUAUGGAACAAAGACAAGGUGGAGCCCUCAUUUAGCACCCAGCCCUGUGCCUCCUCAUUUGCCCUUGUAUUCUCGUAGCCCCAGGUACUGUGCCCUGCAGAAGCCCACAGCCACUUUGGCAAGGAACUGGGGUGUGCUGUGCCUAGUGGGAUGGUCCACACCGAGACCACAAAAUGCCAUGUGCCAUUUGCAGAUCUACCUCACCUGCAGAUUUUACCUGGUUUUCUGUUACUUGUUGCCCUUCUGUGGAACAUCUGUACCAUUUUUUCAGUGCUUACUGUUGGGUGAUUCUGCUUGACCUGGUCUUCUUUAACCCUGCCACCUCAGUCCCAUGCUGUCUCCCCACUAGAGGAACAUGGGAGGUGAGCAGCACUGUAGGCCAAGGUCACACCUGCUUUCCCCAGCCAGAGAAUUGCUAAGCUGAGCCCACAAGAGCAGCGUUGAGGUGUGGCUCCACUGGCUCCACAGUGAUUGAAUUGGGUACCCAAAAUUUGUAAACAGAGAUGAAAAAGGCCACGUUACACUUUUCAGACAAGGCUGGCAGUGUUCUGCCAGAUGCAGAACAAGCCACGUGGGCUCUUGUUUCUGAAAGAAAUGAGUGCGUGCACUCAGUAGGCACUGACUAGGCUCCCUCUUGGGCCAUGCUCUUCUGUGCAUCUUUCUUCUCUGGGCAUGGAGUUGAAUGUAGGAUGUGGGGGAUCCUGCAAGUGUGAAGAGUUGGGCAGGAGGAGCCUCUGCUUACUUUUGGAGGAGUGUUUCCCAUGCAAGUGUGCCUGCAUCUUCCUUUCUGCCAGUCAGUUGCCAAGGAGAAGGGACUGGGGGAGAGCAAGAACCAGGGCAGCAAUUAGCCAGACCUCGGUGUGCUAGGAUGGGAUUUUUCAGACCUGGUCACUUUGAGAGUUCAAAGCCUUUUCUGUACCAAGUACUCCCUUUGCUUCAUUUGGGGUCUUUCAGAUGGCCUCCUAGCAUUGACUUGACACCUUGUGUACUGUUGUUGAAGUUCUCACAUAUAAAUAAAUAGUCUAGAACUCCUCGGUGUUGCCUGUGACAGCUGUAAAAAGCUUUUAUGUAAUCAGCCACGCAGAGUUGCUCAGCCUUAGCCAUUUCCCUGCCCCACGCCGCGCUGCUGAGAUGGUGAUGGCACCAUCUGCCCUCCCUGCAGCCAGCCCGUGUCCGCGAUGCCUCCAGCGCCAGGGGCACAGUCAUGUAUCGCGUCUGGAAAUUGUCCCUGGGAAGUUUUGUUACGCAAUAAAGAGCUUCACUCCAAAAGUCUGAGAAGGUUUUAUGCCAUGCGCGGUGCAUUCCUGGUGGGGGGAAAGGAAACGGGGCAGAGGGCUUUCAGAGGAGUGCGAUGCCACAUUCAGCCGCUGCUCAUAAAGACAAAGCACGCGUUUGCAAUUGGCACUGUUAUUUUAUUAGUACGAGUAUACUGAAACAAUAAACUUGUACUGGUAUACAGACAAUUUAUUUAAAACAAUUUUGUUCAAAUUUUGAAUCAAACAUUGUUUUAUUAUAAUAAUGAAAUAAUUUCUACCUAGAAAACCUGCAAGCACCAUCAAAGAAAGGGACCAUAAAAUUCAAUAAACAGACGCGAGUGUAUCCUACAAAUAGACACACCACCAUUAGAAAAUAGAAUAUGAAUUCUUCCAUUUUUUUUUUAAUAUUUGUUUUAAAAAAGCUAGUGCAAGUACAAUAUUUUACACUGGAAUUACAGAGAGUAUGCACGCAUAUGGAAAAAAGUUCUCCUGUCACAAUAAAAGCUCUUAACUAUG